UGUCGAUUUUUCCUCUCUUCAAUACCAUUAACGUAUGUGAAUUAGUCCCAUGUUUAUAUGGAACUCUUGAUGUAAAACAAUUUUAGCCCUGGCUUGUGAGGGUAGGGCAUCGGUCAGCCUUCGAACUCGGGAGAGAGAACCUAUUCAGGAAACUGAACUCCCCGUUUUUGGACGCAGUCAACAAUGGGCAUUGGGCAAGGACGGCGAAGAUCUCGUACAAUAGUAAACAGUGAAAAAUGAAAGAAAAUGAAUCAGAUUUACGGUUUGGGUUUGAUAAAGGCAUUAAAUAACGAAAGAGAUUAUAUAACUUAGAGAAACUUGAGAUUUGGUGUGGUUCAAACUUUAGAGGCAUUAAAAUUAUACAAUAGUAAACAGUGAAAAAUGAAAGAAAAUGAAUCAGAUUUACGGUUUGGGUUUGAUAAAGGCAUUAAAUAACGAAAGAGAUUAUAUAACUUGAGAAACUUGAGAUUUGGUGUGGUUCAAACUUCAGAGGCAUUAAAAUUAACUAUAAACAGAAGAGAUUAUAACAUAGAGGCUUCACAACUUUGUUUACUUUUCUCCCAUAAAACUCCCAUAUUUAGUUCUCCAUUUUCCUCUCACCAAGUAUUAUUGAAAGAGCAAUGUUACGUACAGUCGUGAAAUUACAAACGCCGUGUAAUCGCUUUGAAAAAGAAUAGGAUCUACGAUUAAAAAGUUAAUUUUUUUUUUUUAUGUGGGUCUCAUAUUAAUUCAUUUUUUUCAAAACGAUUAUUGCUUGUAUAAUCACGACUGUAAAUAUCAUUUUUCUUAUUGAAAAGAAGAUCAUUCUUGAAGUCCCCGAAAUCUCCCCUUAUUAAUGAAGGCCGUCAUGCCCCUUUGUUUGCUUUAGUAGCCUUCUUUAGUAGGGUGCGUCCUGUUUUGUCUUACUAAGACAUGGAUUAAGGUGAUCAUGAAUUGAGUGUGACAGACCGCACACGCAAAUAUAAGUUUGCGGACGUUUUUUUUUUUUUUUGGAUCAAAUGUGACUUCUUGGAUAUGUAAUUGUUGUACCUUAAGUUAAAUGUGGUUUAUAAGGUGGCUAUAUUAUGGAUUUAAGGAUUAAAAAUUUAACCAAAUUAAUAUCUAACUGUUUUUAAGAUUUUUAGAUUAAUAGUUGGGCUCUUCAUAAUUAAUAUUAAAUAAGAGACCAUGUAACAAUUUCAGGUUACGGAUGAGACAAUUUAUGUCAUUAAUAUUGAUAGAUAAGUGAAUCUUUCAAAAGAAAAAGAGAUAUCACAGAGUCAAUAUCAAUAAUGGACUUAUAUGGACAUCGAAUUUGAAAGCAUGAUGGAUUGUAAUCCCACAUCUAUAAUCUCAUUUUUAAUAGCUACAAUUAAAUUUGUAUAGACUCUAAUUUAAAGGAAUCUGUGAUUCUUUUUUCUCUUAAAAAGAAAUCUGCCUCAUUGUAUGAUAUUUGUAGUGCAAACAGGGGAUAAAAAAGUAAAUUUAAUAUGUAUAAGUCUCAAAUAAACAAAUUUCAUGCAAGUCUUUUGUAUUUAUUAAUAGCUUUCAUUAGUUAAGAUCUUUUGGACUAAAUGUAAUAAAGUCUAGUCUCUAAAUAGGAGAACGUUUGAACCCCCAACCUUAUAUAUAUAAAAAAAUUCUAAGUGUUGUUAAAAGAGAAAAUGAUUUUUUACACUUUUUAAUGGUGAGAUUAUAUUUUAUAAAAAUAAUGUUUGAGAUUUGUCUAUUUAAAGUUUUUUUUAAAAAAAUAUUUUCUCGUAAAAAAAUUAUGUCGUCGAUAUACAAAGUACAUAAUCUAUUUAAUUGGCAAGACGGAAUCUGAUUUACUAGAAGAACUCUGUCAUAUAUAUUCCCUCUUAUAAAUUUGAUUCCGAUCAAUCGAACGCGUAAUCCCGCUUCGCUCGAUCUAGCAGCCUGCGUUUUCGUUUAUACUUAGGUUCAUUGAGGAAAUUGCUAUCACCGGGAAAUCGAAACCCGGCUUGGUACUUCGGCACAUCUCCAUGAAAUUCCGCGUUGAGAAAUGUGCCAAAAACAUCCACAAUCUCGUCGAUACAUCUCGUGCCGUAAUCGCUUCUUUUGCUCGAAUCCGGUCUUAUUCGUAUCUUUCUUCUCUGUCGGAAUCUUCUUCCCUCACCCGGCACGAACAUCAACAAUGCCAAGACUCGAAAAGAUUGUCUGAGCUUGACAUUCUCGUAGCUAAGAUUCCUUUUGGAACCAGCGACGAUGAAGUUCUUCGGUCUCUCUCACAUGAUCAAGUGUGCAAUAGCAUAGGGCUGUCUAGUGACCUUGUUGAAAAGCUGCUUCGUAGGUUUAAGGAUGAUUGGAAGUCUGCAUUGGGCGUGUUCAGAUGGGCAGAGUCGCGGUCGGGUUAUAAGCACACGCCGGAAGCAUAUGAGAUGUUGGUGGACAUAUUGGGUAAAAUGAAACAGAUGGAUAAGAUGAAGAGUAUCCUAGAAGAAAUGAAUCGGUGUCAUCUCGUUGGGACUGACACCGUCGCGAAGGUCAUGAGGAGGUUUUGUGGUGCAGGGCAAUGGGAAGAGGCUGUGAGGACAUUUGAUCGGUUGGGAACUUUCGGGUUGGAGAAGAACACGGAAUCGAUGAACUUGUUGCUGGACACACUUUGCAAAGAGAGUAAGGUUGAGCUGGCGCGCGAGGUUUUCUUGGAGCUCAAGUCGCAUAUUUCGCCGAAUGCUCUAACGUUUAACAUUUUCAUUCAUGGUUGGUGCAAAGUGAAUCGAGUGGAUGAGGCGCAUUGGACUAUCCAAGAGAUGAAGGGACAUGGGUGUCGCCCUUGUGUAAUCAGCUAUUCGACAAUCAUGCAAUUCUUUUGCCGACAAGGCAAAUUUGAUAGAGUCUAUGAGCUGCUUGAUGAAAUGCUAGCGCAGGCUUGCCCACCAAAUGUUGUUACUUUCACCAGUAUCAUGUGUUCGCUGGCAAAGUCGGAGGAGUUUGAGCAAGCAUUACGUAUUUAUGACAGAAUGAAGAUGGCUGGAUGUAAACCGGAUGCCCUCUUCUACAAUGCAUUGAUCCAUACUCUCGGGAGAGCCGGUCAUGUACAGGAGGCUGUUCGUGUUUUUGAGGUGGAGAUGCCCAAAACUGGCGUCAACCCAAAUACGUCAACCUAUAAUACAGUGAUUGCUAUGUUUUGCCAUCGUGGUCAGGAACAAAAGGCCUUGCAUGUCCUCGAGGGCAUGGAGAAAUCAGGCCUCUGUAAGCCUGAUGCUCAGACAUACUACCCAUUGCUCAAGGCGUGCUUUAAAUCUGGGAAAACAGGCAGUUGCCUGAGUAAAUUAUUGGAUGACAUGAUCAAUAAGCAUAACCUUAGUCUUGAUAUAUCAGCCUAUAAACUUCUAAUUCAUGGGCUUUGCCGAGCAAAUCAAUGUGAGCGGGCUUAUGAAUUCUUGGAGAAGAUGAUUGCUCAAGGGAUCACACCUAGAUAUCAGACAUGUCGUUUGCUAUUGGAUGAAGUCAAACAGAAGAAUUUGUAUGAUGUCUCUGAAAGAAUUGAGGAUUUGAUGAAAAAAUUAUAAAUUUUUGAGUAAAGAGCAUGUUGUGGUGAGAAGCUGCUUGAAAGGGUUGAAAUGCUGCUUUCUCUUAAUGGAGUAUAUACUCUUAAGUGUAUGACUUCAUUCAAAAAGUAGUGGUGAUGUUUCCAAUGGGGCAGCCGUGAAGACACUGUACCUCCAUUAGAUGAUUGGUAUGUCUUAUUCAUAGUAUCUAUGCUUAGUCGUUCUUAGACCUGAAUUCAAAUGAGAUACUGACUCUUAAAUUAGGUAGCUAAUGUUAUUGUUUUUUGUUACUUUGUGAUACAAAAAGGCAGCUUUUGUUAAAAAAUGAAAAAGAAAGAAAGAAUACGAA